AUGUAUCCCCGGCGCAGUGCUCAGGAAAUCCUACUGUGUGACUCCUGUGAAACUUUCUCCCUACAGAGUCAUUGUGAACUUUGUCAAAUAAAUCUCUGUACUAAAUGUGUAGGAAAACACCUCUCAGAUUUGUCUAAUCUACACAAUGUGGUGCACUAUUUACACAGAAAGUCUACUCUUAACUACCCGAAAUGUCCGAAACACACCGAAAAACGCUGUGAACUUCACUGUGAGAAAUGUGACAUUCCUGUCUGUAUUACCUGCGUCUCCUCAGGUAAACAUGAAGGUCACACGUUAUCAGAAUUUCUGGAAAAACUCAGCGGAAAAACAAAAAGUUUAGAAAAAGAUCUGGAGGAAUUGGAGACCAGUAUUUAUCUCCAAUAUGAAGAAAUGGCGUCCAGUGUCCAAACUGAGAAAGCUGAAUUAGAAGCGAAUUACAUGAAAUUGACAACAGCUGCCGACCAAGAAGGAGAAGUCUGGCACCGAGAGAUCACCGCCAUUGUCGACCAGCGGAAAUCUGAUAUCCAGGAAAUGAAAUACAAACACCUAUCUAUCCUUAAUAAAAAUACUGAAGAAAUCACACAGAAAUUGACUGAACUCAAACAGAUUAUUUCCGACUUGAAAUCAAUGCUAAAAUCAAAUGACGUCUCCUUAACCUCUACUUACAAAUCUAGGAAUUCCGAAUUUAUAACAUUACCGCCUACAGCCCGAGUUACAUUACCAAGCUUUUCUCCUCGGAAAAUAGAAAAAGAUCAGCUCAAUGAAAUGUUUGGUUCUCUGUCACCAUUAUCCAUUAACACAGAAGAACAUGACUACACAAUGAAGUCAGCAGAAGCUGUAUCGUCUCCUCCAGUCAAACCACUGCUUGAUAAGCCGCGACUCACCGCCACCAUAGACGCUGGGUAUAUACAACUACUCGGUGUUAGGUGUCUCAGUGAAGAUCAAGUCUGGGUCCGCGGGAAAGACAAAAUAAUGAAGCUUAUCAACCUCCAGAGUAAACUACUGACAUCAAUAGUAACCGAGUCAGGGAACGUACCACGGGACAUAGCAGUGACACGGGACGGAGAUCUUGUUUAUACUGACUAUAAUAAUAAAACUGUAAACCUGGUGAAGAAUAAACAGAUCCAGACCGUGAUCACACUACAGGGGUGGGCACCUCUCUAUGCCUGCAGUACCUCUUCUAAUGAUCUCCUGGUUAUCAUGAUCAGUGAUGAUAGAAAAAAAAAAUGCAAAGUUGUGCGUUACUCUGGCUCCACAGAGACACAAACCAUUCAGUUUAAUGAUCAGGGUCGUCCUCUUUAUUCAUCUACUAGUUUUAACAAAUACAUCAAUGAGAACAGUAACCUGGAUAUCUGUGUGGCUGACAAUAAAGCUAAAGCAGUAGUGGUGGUCAAUCACUCAGGAAAAUUCCGAUUUAGAUACACUGGUCAUCCCUCUAAUAUCAAGGAAAUAUUUGAUCCAGUCGGCAUCACUACAGACAGUCAGAGUCACAUCCUGACAUCAGACUGGUACAAUCAUCGCAUCCACAUCCUAGAUCAGGACGGAGAAUUCCUCCGUUACAUUCAGAACGGUCAUUUACGCGAUCCAUGCGCUUUAUGUGUGGAUAUCAGAGACAAUCUCUUUGUGGCUGAGUGGCGCACUGCUAAAGUGAAGAAAAUCUUGAAGACAGACUUUGAAAGACAUCCUAUGAAUAGUAACACUGAGGUGGAGGGACAUGAAGAACAGGGCGGCAGUCGUCAGGAGUCGGCAGAUCAUUUAUGGACAGGACAGAGGACGCAGACGAAUCUCCAAAAAGAAUGUGGAAGUACACGAAGAUUUAAAGGAACAAUACCUGAUACAAUAAUGAUUGAUUUUUUCUCUGUCAAGACCCCUCUCCUCUAUACACUAAAUGCCCUGCCUGAUUUCAUCCUCAAGUACUCCAACUCAAAACAAGCUUUCUAUUGA